UACAUGCGUUUACUAAGGUCCAAUAAAAUCAGUCGAAGGAAAUAAAACAAAAACGAAGCUCCCCUAUAAGCAGACAUGCCGCUGAAGAAAGCUGUCAUUGUACCCGGGAAUGGAGCAGGGGAUGUUGAGCGUGCCAACUGGUAUGGGUGGGCAAACAAGGAAAUCAAGAAGAUCCCAGAUAUGACCUGCCUGUUGAAGAACAUGCCUGAUCCAGUGACGGCACGUGAGACAAUAUGGCUACCCUUCAUGGAGAAGGAGCUGAAGUGUGAUGAGGAAACCGUAAUCAUCGGUCACAGCUCUGGGGCGGCUGCUGCCAUGAGGUACGCAGAGACUCGCAAAGUAUUCGCCAUCAUCCUGGUGGGGGCCUACACCUCAGACAUGGGAGACGAGACUGAGAGGGAAAGUGGCUACUUCAGCCGGCCAUGGCAGUGGGAGCUCAUCCGAGGGAAUGUGAGCCACAUUGUCCAGUUUGGCUCCACAGAUGAUCCCUUUCUGCCCUGGGAGGAACAGGAGGAGGUGGCCGAGGGUUUGAAGGCGGAUCUGCACAAGUACUCGGACCGUGGCCACUUCAUGAACUCACGCUUCCCUGAGCUCAUUGAUGUGGUCAAGAAGUUCAAAGAAGCUGCUUAAUAUGCAACAGGCAUCCACAUCAGCGCAUUCUUUUCUGUACACCAAUUAGUUACAUUGCAUUUCCCACACCAAUUCCCCGCUGUGGUCAUCUGUUUUACUGUGUAGAAUCACACAACAGCACAAAAUGCAAACAUUUGUUCUUCAAACCAAUAUUCACUGACACAUUUUGGAAGUUCCCUACCAGAGAAAUGAGAGUGAAAUGAGAACAAUUUUGAGACUGAUCACAAAUGUGUGAAUAGGUCAUAGAUGUCAUGGUUAAUAUUGAAAUCAAAUUCCAUCAGUUCCUUAAGUUGAUUUAUCUCCUGUCAAAGAUGAAUACAUACGUGGCUUUGUCCCUUUAUUACAAUUUAUCUUCAUUCGGACACAAAAUAUCCCAUUGAUCUCAUGAUUAGCCCUACAACUAUCUAGAACCCUCAUGUAGCCUGCAAAACAGCCUGGAUUCGUUAUAUGGAUUUGAAAGAAUUCUGGAAACAAUCCUAAAAUAUUUUUUUGUUGUGGGAUAAAUUAAAGUUCAUCAGAGCAGGGGACAUUUUUAUAAUAUACAGUUCUCUGAAGUAGGCGCGUUGCCGGUUUUUGAGAUAAUGGGACCAUUUCAUUUACUAGAAACUAGAAACAGACAAAACCUCUCUAAAUUUGAGAUAACAAUGCACUUGACCAUGUUGGCAUGCUUUACACGUGAAAUUUCCAUAUCAUUCACCUGAGGCCAACCAUGAGGGUGCUGUUGUAAUGAGCAGGUGUGUAAAUAAAAUAUCCACUGAGUGGAAAUGAAGUGCAUUGAGAGACAGUUGUCAAACCUAAGUAGCCUGGUGCUCCCAUCCCACAUUCACAGCAUUCACUGCAAUCCCUAGAAGACCUAGGGGUAUAGUCUGCUAGUGCACUCAGAAGCUGAAGUGGUUAAAGCAUUUUCAAAACGUAUUAUUUUGCAGGUGACAGACAUGUGUAAUAUUCAAGAAUACGUCUGUAUUUCCCUAGUCUGUAUGCUUCACCUCUUGUCCAUUUUUUUGUCUUCAGUUUUGGUGCCUUACCUGCUGCUGCUAUCUCUGCUUUGACAUUGAAAACCCUUGGUCAUUGACUUUCAUAAAUUAUCUAGGGACGCUGGAGUUAUCUUCAGUGAUCAUUACCCUGAUUAAUGAUGUUCUUUCAGUGCCCCCUAGAGUUCAACAAAUGCAACUGUAACUAACUAAAUAAAAACUUUUUUGUGACGCCUUGAA